AUGAGGAGCGGCAGCUCAGAGCUGCUGCUUGACCGCAGGCCGGCGGAGACAAAUCAGCAGCAGCAGCAAAGACUAGCCCAGGCUCCUUUGUUAGACGACGAAGACGAGGCUAGAAGGCGCAAAUUGCUGCUCCUAGCCGCUGCUGCAGCUGCUCCUUCCAAGAGCAAACCCCAACAAAGAAGUUGCCGGGAACGGGUAUGGUUUUACACGACUGCUGCUCUGGCUCUGAUCAGCGCAGGAGCUGGUUCAAGUUUGUUGUUUUUGGUACCUUUGUAUGUGGAUCCUGCGAUAUCGACUUUGAUGGCUAAUUUUUCGUCGCAGGCUGUCACUUGCCAGACUUCUAGAAGGGAAGACUUGGCUGGUUUGAAUAAUUGUUCUUGGAGCUCUUGCAGGGAAGGUUGUACUAGUGAUAUGUACAGGUGCACACAUAUCUAUGUAUCCUACACAGUGCCACCUGAUGAAGACAACAUGACGUCUACGGAAACUUAUGAAGACCUAAUGCUUAACCCUAUUAAUGGCACCCGGGUCGAAGACGCCCAACUCUUCGUCAACAUCAAGGGGUGUGGGUAUCCCCCCAGGAUAGAUUGUGGGAAUUUCACGGAUUAUUAUGGUACCGAAGGUGUGGAGUUUCCUUGUUACUAUUCAAAACAAAAUCGGACGAUAGUUAUGACCAAAUACGAUAGAGACGAACAGGUUAAAGUGAUUGUGCAUUUUUUUGCGGUGCCCUUUGUGGUGACCCUGGUUGCUUCGGUGACUUUGUGCGUGAUGCACUGCGAUUGCAGGGCUACUGUUUCUGCAUCUGAUAGGAGGAGGAGACCUCCGAGGCGACAGAGGAUUGGGAAUAUAAGGUAA